AUGAAUGGAAAUCAGGUCGAUUUUGUUAGUUUGAAAAGGUCAUUCUCCUCAUUAAGUUUGAGUUCCAAUAAGAGAGCAAAAACGGUGACAAACCUAGAAGUAUUAAAGGAUCCUUUAAACAACAAACUUAGAGAUUUGACAAAUAUUUCGACCCCCUUCAAUGCUGAAACAUCCACUUUUUCUCAGACAAUCAGAAGGGCUCCCCCACCUCCCAAGAAUGAAGACUUCAGAGUAAGACCAAAUCUUAAAAGGUUCAGUCAAUCAAUAAAUGGCUUAAAAAAGCUUGCAAGAGUUCAACCCACCAUCGAGAAUUCCAAUACUUCAAAUAUCCCGCUAAAGCCCAUCAGAAUUAUCGAACAAGAUAAAAAUAUAAAGCCGAAGAUCAAGACAACGAGUAAUAAAUUCUUCAAUUUCCUUAACAAAUUGACACCCAAAACUCCCAUUAGUCCCAAGUUUGUAAUUGCCAGUUCCAGCAAAAAUCCUCCAUUACAUUCAGCUGGAACUAACUUGAAUUAUCUGGAUCAAUGUCAAUCCAUUAUACACUUGAGUCCUUGGACCACAACCAAUUAUACUGAUGACCUUCCCACAAUCAAUUCCAAUGAUGAUAUAUCCCCCACAUUACGAUUCAUACUUGGAGAAGCCGAUAUCGAUAUAAAUGAUGAUGAGUUGGACUGUGUCAUUGACAAGUUCAACAAUGAAUUAUAA